UCGGCGGCUGCAGCCUCCGUGCUCUUCCUCCUCUCGAAAAUGGGCAAGAUACUGGCGGGCUGCUUGCUGCUUCUGCUCCUCCUUGGACAGACCCUGGUGUUCCCAGCUGCGGCCGGACAGCGGCCUCACGCCAGGCCUCCCGCCAAGGGCAGACAAGCGCGGACCCACUCACAGACGGCCCUGCUGGAGAGCUCCUGCGAGAAUAAGCGGGCAGACCUGGUCUUCAUCAUUGACAGCUCCCGCAGCGUCAACACCCAGGACUAUGCGAAGGUGAAGGAGUUCAUCGUGGACAUCUUGCAAUUCCUGGACAUUGGUCCUGAGGUCACCCGGGUGGGGCUGCUCCAAUAUGGCAGCACAGUCAAGAAUGAGUUCUCCCUCAAGACCUUCAAGAGGAAGUCUGAGGUGGAGCGGGCUGUGAAGAGGAUGCGGCAUCUGUCCACGGGCACCAUGACGGGGCUGGCCAUCCAGUAUGCCCUGAACAUCGCCUUCUCAGAAGCAGAGGGGGCCCGGCCCCUCAGGGAGAAUGUGCCACGGGUCAUAAUGAUUGUGACAGAUGGGAGGCCACAGGACUCGGUGGCUGAAGUGGCUGCAAAGGCACGGGACACGGGCAUCCUGAUCUUCGCCAUUGGCGUGGGCCAAGUGGACUUCAACACACUCAAGGCUAUUGGGAGUGAACCCCACGAGGACCAUGUCUUCUUGGUGGCCAACUUUAGCCAGAUAGAGUCGCUGACCUCAGUGUUCCAGAACAAGUUGUGUACCGUCUACAUGUGCAGCAUCCUGGAGCACAACUGUGCCCACUUCUGCAUCAACACGCCCGGCUCGUAUGUCUGCAGGUGCAAACAAGGGUACAUUCUCAACGUGGAUCAGAAGACCUGCAGAAUCCAGGACCUGUGUGCCGUGGAGGACCACGCCUGUGAGCAGCUCUGUGUGAAUGUGCCCGGCUCCUUUGUCUGCCAGUGCUACAGUGGGUACUCGCUGGCCGAGGACGGGAAGAGGUGCGUGGCUGUGGACUACUGCGGCUUGGAAGACCAUGGAUGUGAACAUGAGUGUGUCAAUGCAGACGGCUCCUACUCGUGCAAAUGCCAUGAAGGAUUUGCUCUUAACCCAGAUAAAAAAACAUGCACAAAGAUAGACUUCUGCGCCUCCACUAAUCAUGGUUGCCAGCACGAAUGUGCCAACACAGGUGACUCCUACUCUUGCCGCUGCCUGAAAGGCUUUACCCUGAAUCCAGACAAGAAAACCUGCAGAAGAAUCAACUACUGUGCGCUGAACAAACCGGGCUGUGAACACGAAUGUGUCAACACGGAAGAGGGCCACUACUGCCGCUGCCGCCGGGGCUACAUCCUGGACCCCAACGGCAGGACCUGCAGCCGGGUGGACCACUGCGCGCAGAAGGACCAUGGCUGUGAGCAGCUGUGCCUGAACACGGAGGAGUCCUUCGUCUGCCAGUGCUCAGAAGGCUUCCUCAUCAACGAGGACCUCAAAACCUGCUCUAGGGCGGAUUACUGCCUGCUGAGCGACCAUGGCUGUGAAUACGCCUGCGUCAACACAGACAGGUCCUUCGCCUGUCAGUGUCCCGAGGGCCACGUGCUCCGCAGUGACGGGAAGACCUGUGCAAAGGGCCUCACUGCAGCUGUGGAACUGGACACAGGCCUGGAUCUUCGCAUGCUGCUCUGCUUCCAGUGUGGCUGCUCACCCCCCACUCUCUCCUCAGGGAAGGACGCCUGCACUUCGAACUCACACGGCUGCGAGCACAUCUGCGUGAACAAGGGCAACUCCUACGUCUGCAAGUGCUCCCAGGGCUUCAUCCUCGCCGAGGAUAGACGGCGCUGCAAGAGAUGCACCGAGGGCCCAAUUGACGUGGUCUUUGUGAUUGACGGGUCCAAGAGCCUCGGCGAAGAGAAUUUUGAGAUCGUGAAGCAGUUUGUCACUGGAAUCAUAGAUUCCUUGGCCAUUUCCCCCAAGGCCGCCCGCGUGGGGCUGCUCCAGUACUCCACGCAGGUGCGCCCCGAGUUCACCCUGCGCAGCUUCCACUCGGCCAAGGACCUGCGGAAAGCUGUGGCCCACAUGAAGUACAUGGGCAAGGGCUCCAUGACCGGGCUGGCCCUGAAGCACAUGUUCGAGAGAAGUUUCACUCCCUCGGAGGGUGCCCGGCCCCUGUCUGCACGCGUGCCCAGAGUGGCCAUUGUGUUCACCGACGGCCGGGCCCAGGACGACGUCUCCGAGUGGGCCAGCAAGGCCAAGGCCCAUGGUAUCGCCAUGUACGCCGUCGGCAUAGGAAAGGCCAUUGAGGAGGAGCUGCAGGAGAUUGCCUCAGAGCCCACCACCAAGCACCUCUUCUAUGCAGAGGACCUCAGCAGCAUGGGCGAGAUCAGCAGGAAGCUCAAGGAGGGCAUCUGUGGAGCUCUAGAGGACUCUGAUGGGAGACAGGACUCACCAGCAGAGGAGCUGCCAAAGAGGGUCCACCAGCCAACAGUGCAACAUCGGUAUCUGUUUGAAGAAGACAAUCUUUCGCAGUCUACACGAAAGCUUUUCCACUCCACAAAACCUUCAGGGAAAGUUCUGGAAGAAAACCAUGAUCAAUGCAAAUGUGAAAACCUUAUAAUGUUCCAGAACCUUGCGAAUGAAGAAGUCAGAAAACUAACACAGCGCUUAGAAGAAAUGACAGAGAGAAUGGAAGCUUUGGAAAAUCGCCUGAGAGCCAGAUGAGGACUAGAAAUGCUAUACACAUGUGUACACCGUAGUGCCGAGGGUCAGGCGAGGCCCAGAGCCCCACAGCUCAGCUGUUACGUCUGUAAUGUUGUGCAGUAAACACCAGUUCUGAGGAAGCUGGUUUUCUAUACAACAAAGACAAAAAGUACACACUAACUUGUAUAAUUUAGGAAAACAAACGCAUCAGCAUUCCAGGAUGCAUUUACCGUGAGAAUAAGCUACACAGGUGUUCUGUAAUGUCCUCUGGACAUGCACGCUCUGCUUCUGCCUCAGCCAGCCUUAGCAUUGUACUAUUUGACUACAAAACACUUUGCAGUCCCCCUCCCACAGACACUGGCCGGCCACAAGAGAUGUUUUGGUACUGGACUUUAUCUUGAUAUAUGUAUAUGGAUACGUAAAAGAUCACAGGACAUAUGUACUUAUGUAACAAGUUGAAUAUUUUCCCGAGUACCAGGGAUUGAACUCAGGAUCUUGUGCUUACAAGGCAGGCGCAGUGCCACUGAGCUAAAUCCCCGGCCCCCACAAGUUGAAUUUUUUUAUACAAUAUUAAAAUUCACUUAAGAGAAUGGCAUUCUGUGUGUAAUUCUCAUUUAUCUUUAAAUACAAGACAUGUACCCAUAAAAA